AGAAGGAUGAGUUGGUGAGACUUGAUCAUAUAUAUCUUGGUGACGAUAAGACCCUCAGUUGAAGCUCGGCCACCAUGAAGUUCCGGUUGCUUUUUUGCGCGCUGUGCCUGUGGGGCCAGGCUGCGGGUCAGGGGGCAGAGGUGCUUCGGAUCGUGCAGGAGCUGAGUCGUGACCUCCAGGAGUCAGCCAACCAACGCGAUUCGUGGCUGACGCGUUAUCAACAAAUUGCGGACGUGAUCAAGAACAGUAAUGACCUCAGCGAAGAACUUCUGGAGAUCAGCAACGUGGCGAUGCCGGUCAUAUGGAACACCUUCAUGGCCGUGACAAUGGGCAUCAGCUUGCAACAGAUCGGGAAGGGCGCCGUCGGGAGCCCCUACAUCCCCUCGCCCUUCCCGCUGCCUCCGCCCCAGCCUGAAUACCUCUUCAUCUUCCCUUCGAACCUAACCUGCGAUGAUAAGUUUACCGUGCAGAUGACUGUGAUCCCGACGGCUGAGGCAAACGUUGGUUUCCGCCUUCACUUCGCGCCUCCAGAUGGGGAGCCGCUGGACUUCGAGAAUGGCGACCUCUUCUUCUCGUUUCACCUAAGAUGGCACUUCGAUUACGGGCCCAGCAAGGAGAUCGCCUUCAAUGACAGAUACAACGGUGAAUGGUCCGCCCAGAGGUAACAGUGGGCAGGACCUUU